GAUGCAAGAUGUUCCACAAGACAGAAAUGGUGUCCGGCUCUCUGCUGUGCAAGGAUAUAUGACAAAUUUUUACAGGAAAUAUGGAUCAUAUGUAGCUAGACAUCCAAUUAUGGUGUUGCUUUCAUCUUUGGCUGUAGUUCUUCUCCUCUGUCUAGGUCUAAUUCGAUUCAAGGUGGAGACACGACCUGAGAAGCUCUGGGUAGGACCUGGGAGUAAAGCAGCACAAGAGAAGCAGUUUUUUGACAGUCAUCUUGCUCCAUUUUACAGAAUUGAACAGCUCAUUCUGGCAACGGUUCCAGAUCAUGUGAAUAGUACAUCACCAAGAAUUGUGUCGGAGGACAACAUUAGGUUUCUGUUUGAAAUACAGAAAAAGGUUGAUGCAAUUCGUGCUAAUUAUUCUGGCUUGAUGGUAUCUCUCAAAGACAUCUGUAUGAAGCCACUAGACAAAGAUUGUGCCACUCAAAGUGUCCUGCAGUACUUCAAAAUGGAUCCCAAAAAUUUUGAUGAUUAUGGAGGAGUUGACCAUCUCAAUUACUGUUUUGAGCAUUAUUCCUCAGCAGACCAAUGUAUGAGUGCAUUUAAAGCUCCUCUUGAUCCAAGUACUGUAUUAGGAGGUUUUUCUGGCAAUGAUUAUUCUGGGGCAUCUGCGUUUAUUGUAACAUAUCCGGUAAAUAAUGCUAUUAAUGAAGAAGGUAAUGAAACCAGAAAGGCAGUUGCUUGGGAGAAGACCUUUAUUCAGUUGGUGAAGGUUAGUAUCUUGAUUUUAUGCUUGUCUUCCUUUUACUGACUACUAAGUCGUAUCUUUACAGUCAUUAGACCUGUAUAUGGGCCACAGCUUAGACACUAGUCCUGCACAGUGAAUCAACUGUAAAUAGCUAUGGUUGCCAACUUGCUUCAGCAGAAAAUUACUGGUCA